AUGACCGCAUUUUUAACAAACCAUGCAUGUAUGCUGCAAGAUGUGUGGCCUGACAUGCAAUUGCUUGAAAAUCAGUUGCCAUUCUUCAUUCUUGAUGAUCUUUUUGAGCCCCAGAAAGUUAGGAUCUCUUCUAAGAGUGACAGUAGUGUGAGGCUUUCGAUAACUAAUUUGUCUGAAAAAUUCGUCAAGUCUCAAAUGCAUAUAGAGGGAGUGGAUGAUUGUCUGAAGAGGAUAUCUAAAGCAGAUCAUUUUGUUGAUUUCAUAAGAACUUUAUGUCUACCCUGGGAGUUUUCACAUGAAGUUGGAGGGGAGUUGAAAACUGUAACCACACUCAGCAUGAGAGAGCUAGACCGUGCCGGGGUCAAAUUCAAGGUGGGAUCGAGCAAAAACUUAUUUGACAUAAGGUUCACUGAUGGGGUACUUGAAGUUCCAAAGUUAACUCUAAGUGAUGAAACAUGGAUCAGAAUCCGAAACCUCCUGGCCUUUGAACAAUGCCAGUGCAUCGAGAAUUAUGUGUACGACUAUGUUUUCAUCAUGAAAUGCUUUGUGAGAACAAGAAAGGAUGUGGAAUUGCUUAUGCAGCACGGAAUUGUUGAAAAUAGGCUUGGUGACAGCAGAGGCGUAUACUCUGAUCAACAACCUUGCAGAUGGUGUUAUCGUGAACCCUAG